UGUCGCCAUGAACCAUGCAGAAAUCUUCUCAAGCGGGGGCCGCAGAGAAGACGCUUGAGGCGGCCAAGAAGAUUCAGAAAGUAUGCGUCAUGUUUACUGUGGCGGCCAUGAACGCGAGUGGCAUCAGCAGCACAGGCGGAGGCCCGGAAAAGCAGCCGGCGACAAGUGUCACAGCGACGAACCAAUCUGAGGUGUGCCAAUUGGCGGGCCUACAGUACGACAGGCCUUCCAUGUCUUACUACCGAAAGGGCAACGACCUUAUAAGCCUCGACACCAACAAGACCAUCGUGACAAAGGUCAAGACUGUCCUGAAGAAGUACAUAGACGUCUGCGUAGCCGUCUACGACGUACAGUUCGACAACUGCAAUGACAAAGUUCUCGUUCUAACUUCUACUAUUGUCGCAACCUUCAACAAACAGCUCCGGCGUCGUUAAGAGACCGAAAACAACAU